UAUGCAGUUGAUGAAGCAUUUACAUGCGUUGCAGAAGCAGUGUUUCCGAUAAAGGUUGAAGACUUCUUUAGGUACUUUUUCUCAGAUGAUGCUGUAAAUUUUCUUGAGUCUUUUCACAAAAAAUGUGGUGAUAAAGACUUUAAGUGUGGUUCGUGGCAUCCUCAGGAGAAAUUUGGGUAUGCUCGUGAACUGUCAUUUCAACAUCCAAUAAAAAUUUAUCUUGGAGCAAAAUUUGGUGGCUGCAAUGAGGUCCAGAAAUUUCGUAUUUAUAAGAACAGUCAUUUGGUUAUAGAGACAUCUCAAGAAGUCAGUGAUGUACCUUAUGCAGAUUAUUUCCGUGUUGAGGGGCUGUGGAGUGUAGAUAGAGACAAGGAUGAAUCCAAAGAAUGCUGCAUCAUGCGCGUAUAUGUGAAUGUGGCAUUUUCUAAAAAAACUAUUUGGAAAGGCAAAAUUGUACAAUCAACAAUUGAAGAAUGUCGAGAUGCUUAUGCGACAUGGAUGAACAUGGCACAUGAAAGGUUGAAGGAGAAGAACCUUGAAAAACAAGAUCAAAACGGUGAAAUAAAUUUAGAUAGAGAAGUGAAGACGGGAGAAUCUUCAGAAGGAUCACAGGAACAAAGUAACCCUACAAAGAUACUACCUACAUGCAAUGCCUUGGAUGCUACUACUACUACCCACAAUGUUGGCUCUCACUUGCAAGGGCAUUUAGCUGAACCAUCAUCUGUUCCAUUGUUCAUACAGCUUAUGACAAAGUUCAGAUCAUCCUUGAAAAGUCAAAGCAAUCUUUCUCUGCUUCUUGUUACUAUUAUCGCCCUGAUUUUCUUCAUUCAGCAGUUUAGCAUACUUUUGCUAUUGGCAAGACCUCAACACAUACAUAUGAACACUCCUGUAGACUUCAUGAAUACUAUGAAAAAUGACAUGACUAGAAAUCCUUCAGACAUAGCAUGGAUGGAGAAAAGAAUCCAUCACCUUAAAGAUGAGAUGUACAUGGUUGAGAGUAGGCUUGAAAGGAUGCGGUAUGAACAUUCACUUUUAAAAAAACAACUAAAGGAUCUAGAACAACACAAGUAGCUACCAAAUGUCAUUGGUGAAUUAUAAUAUAUCUCUCUCCAUAACAUCCUUUUGUAUAUAUGCAUGUGUUAUAUGGACAUGACAUUUAAUUUGGUAAAUUCAUUCUUCCUUGUUGUAAAUGAGGACGUUGUGUUCUACCCAGAGUAAAAAAAAUAAUGUUACUUAUGGGUUGUUUGCCAGCAUCCAAAAAUAAGAUUAAUGCAAUGUAUCAUUAUUAUAAUUUUAAGAUUAAAUUGCAACUUUCGUUUCUUAA